GGAUCUUCACAAUCUCUUGAAGACUCAGGAGAGCAGCUGCAGAGACCACCCAGGGAACAGGAUGCCGCGUAGCAGAGCUCUGAUUCUGGGGGCCCUCGCCCUGACCACCAUGCUCAGCCGCUGUGGAGGUGAAGAGGACAUUGAGGCCGACCACAUAGGCAACUAUGGUAUAAAUGUAUAUCAGACUUAUGGACCCAAUGGCCAGUACACACAUGAAUUUGAUGGUGAUGAGGAGUUCUAUGUGGACUUGGAUAAGAAGGAGACUGUCUGGAAGCUUCCUGAGUUUGCACAACUGAGAAACUUUGACCCCCAAGGUGCACUGCAAAACAUGGCUAUAGCAAAACACAACUUGGACAUCCUGAUUAAGAGGUCAAAUUCAACCCCAGCCACCAACAAGGUUCCUGAGGCGACCGUGUUCCCCAAGUCCCCUGUGCUGCUGGGUCAGCCCAACACCCUCAUCUGCUUUGUGAAAAACAUCUUCCCUCCUGUGAUCAACAUCACGUGGAUGAGAAACAGCAAGUCAGUCACAGAAGGUGUUUAUGAGACCAGCUUCCUCGCCAACCGUGACCAUACCUUCCACAAGAUGUCUUACCUCACCUUCAUCCCUUCUGACGAUGACAUUUAUGACUGCAAGGUGGAUCACUGGGGCCUGGAUGAGCCGGCUCUGAAACACUGGGAACCUGAGAUUCCAGCCCCCAUGUCAGAGCUGACAGAGACUGUGGUCUGUGCCCUGGGGUUGUCUGUGGGCCUCGUGGGCAUCGUGGUGGGCACCAUCUUCAUCAUUCAAGGCCUGCGAUCCAAUGGUACCUCAAGACACCCAGGGCCCUUAUGAGUCACACCCUGGAAAGGAAGGAGUGUGGCCCUCUCCAAGGAAGAAGUGGUGUGCUGGGUGACGUGGAACAGUGUGUUUUCUGACCCAGUUCAUAGUGUUCUUUCUUUUCUUCAAGUGUCUCCCAUCUGUCUUUUUCCCCUGGCCCUAAGGCUGUCUCUAAUCAUAGCCCACGCGCCCUUCAAAUUCUCCCCUGAUCUGAGUUUUGUUUUUUGGCAUCUUCAAAGUUGUAUCUAAUGUAGAAUCUCUCAGAGACCCUGUUCAAUUGUUCCACAAAAACCAAUAAAUUUCUUAUAAGUUGUC